AUGAAUCAAAAUCAACAUAUUGACAUUGUUGUGUCUGGCAUUUUUGACAAAGCCAAACGGGAUUAUCUUAUUCGUCUGAAUGGUUCUAUUCGAUGUAUUCGAUAUCUCAUACGACAAGGUUUGGCUUUCCGGGGACAUAAUGAGACAGAUGCUUUAAUGAAUCAGGGAAAUUUUGUGGAUCUUAAUCUCAAAAUGAUAGCUCCCUCAAUUCAGAAAGAUAUUACUAAUAUUGCUUCUAGUUUAGUUACCAGAGCUAUUAUUUCAGAUAUUGGGGAUAAUUUAUUCUCUAUAUUAGUUGAUGAAGCUCGUGAUAUAUCAAUUAAAGAACAGAUGGCCAUUGUUUUAAGAUAUGUGAGUUGCAACGGUGACAUUAUUGAGCGUUUUCUUGGUCUUGUUCAUGUUUCAGAUACUACAACUAGUUCACUUAAAGAAACUAUUGAGAUAAUUUUUGCCAAAAAUGGCUUAAGCUUGACAAAGAUUCGUGGUCAAGGUUAUGAUGGUGCAAGCAAUAUGAGUGGUCAAUUCAGUGGUCUGAAAAGCUUGAUUUUAGUUGAAAAUAAUUCUGCUUACUAUGUUCACUGUUUUGCACAUCAACUUCAAUUAGCUCUAGUAGCUUGUGCUAAAAAGGUUUACGCUUUGACUGAUUUCUUUAAUUUUAUACCAUUGUUGUGUAAUGCAGUUGGUGCUUCUUGCAAAAGAGCAGAUAUUUUGAGAGAAAAACAAUUUGAUGAGAUAGUAAAAAGUAUUGCAAGCGAUGAUGUUCAAUCAGGGAGAGGCUUGAAUCAAGAAAUGAGUUUGUCACGACCAGGGGACACACGUUGGAGCUCACAUUACCGAUCAUUGGUAAGUCUGUGUACAUUGUUUGAUCAUGUGCUUGAUGUGCUAGAAAUUAUAAAAGAUGAUACAACACUUAUGCAUGCAAAAAGGUCUGAAGCCUCUGGCCUUAUGAUACGUAUGCAAACUUUUGAAUUUGUAUUACUUUUGAACCUGAUGAUCAAGGUCUUGGCAAUAACUAAUGAGUUGUCACAAGCACUUCAAAGAAAAGAUCAAGAUAUUUUAAAUGCUAUGACUCUUGUAAAAGUUUCAAAGGUGUUAUUACAGAAGAUGAGGGAUAAUGGGUGGGAUCAUCUAUUUAAGAAGACUUCUAAUUUUUUGAUAGAUACUCAACUUCAAGAGUUGAAUGAUCGUUUUAGUGAAGUUAGUUCAAAUUUGCUGGAAUGCAUGGCAUGUUUAAAUCCGUGCAACUCUUUCUCGACAUUUCACAAAAAUAAGUUGCGUGAAUUUGCUGGUUGUUAUCCUUCGGAUUUUGAUUUGAAUGAUUUUGUCAUGCUUGAAUAUCAGCUCGACACGUAUAUUUUUGAUAUGCAAAGUGAUCCUGAUUUUUUGAAUUUGCAAGGAAUAGCUGAUCUUGCCAAGAAGAUGGUUGAAAAGAAAAAACAUAUUAUGUAUCCUUUGGUUUAUUUACUUGUAAAGUUAGGAUUAACUCUGACUGUAGCAACUGCAUCUGUGGAAAGAGCAUUUUCAGCUAUGAAAUACAUCAAGACUGCACUUCGUAAUCGGAUGAGGGAUGAAUGGUUGAAUGAUUGUUUAGUGCCAUAUAUUGAAAAAGAUGUAUUUGAUAGCAUUGUUAAUGAGAAAUGGGGUAUCCCUCCCGAUCCUAAGAAAUGCGAGUUGUUUAGUACUAUUUUGGAGGAUUGCAAUGUGGCAGAUUUGGGUUAUACAAGUUCUCCUUUUACAUGGCAAGGGCCUAAAUGGGGGCACUUAGAUAGAAUUUUUAAAAGACUGGAUAGGAUUGUUGCUAAUUUGGAUUGGCGUAUGAAGUAUGAUGGGGCUAAGGUCACCAAUCUUCCUAGAAUUCACUCUGACCACAAUCCUGUCAUAUUAAAGUUCUUCGAGACUAAAUCUAAUGAUUCUAAAAGGCCCUUCAGAUUUGUGUCUGCUUGGCAGGAGCAUCCUGGAUUUAACUGUUUAAUGGAAUCAGCCUGGUUAAAAGAGUUUGAUGUCCCAUACAUGUUGGAAUGA